UACUGGUUGAGACCGCAUCCCCAGGCGUUACCGUACACCCUCACACACAGUGUGAUUUACACUGUCUUCUCACUCUUUCUACUUGAUUUCUAUUUUCUAUCACAUUCACUCACUCCUUUCUUCGUCUUCCAUUAUCACUUUCAAUUUCAACUUCACACACUCUUUUUUUUAAAAUUCACAUUCUAGGGUUAGGGUUUCUACAUUGUCAUGUGAAACCCUAGCUCCUCUUCUUAAAAAACAUCCCAACCUCUCCCCCUUCGCGAUCCACCACAGUUCCCUUCUUCCAUGGGUAACUGCUGUAGAUCUCCGGCCGCCGUAGCUCGCGAAGAUGUCAAAUCAAGUUUCUCCGGUCACGAUCACGCCAAACGCACCGGAGGUGAAAAUCACGGCGUUAACAAAAAACAGCCGCCGCCGGUCACCGUUCUCGGCGGCGCGGCGAAGGAUAACAUGGAGGAGAAGUAUCUCGUCGACCGUGAACUUGGCCGUGGUGAAUUCGGUGUGACGUACCUUUGCAUCGACCGUGACACGAGGGAGCUUCUAGCUUGUAAGAGUAUUUCAAAGAGGAAGCUUAGGACCGCCGUUGAUGUUGACGAUGUUCGCCGUGAGGUUGCUAUUAUGCGCCACUUGCCGAAGAGUUCGAGUAUUGUGACACUUCGUGAGGCUUGUGAAGAUGAUAAUGCUGUUCAUCUUGUUAUGGAGCUUUGUGAGGGUGGUGAGCUCUUUGAUCGGAUCGUUGCGCGUGGUCAUUACACGGAGCGUGCCGCUGCGGCGGUUGCGAGGACUAUUGUGGAGGUAGUGCAGCUUUGUCAUAAGCAUGGAGUGAUUCAUCGCGACCUUAAGCCGGAGAAUUUCUUGUUUGCUAACAAGAAAGAGAAUUCGCCUCUUAAAGCUAUUGAUUUUGGGCUCUCCAUAUUUUUUAAGCCAGGUGAGAAAUUCUCAGAAAUUGUUGGAAGUCCAUAUUAUAUGGCUCCCGAGGUGCUCAAGAGGAGCUAUGGACCUGAAAUAGAUAUAUGGAGUGCAGGAGUGAUACUCUAUAUCUUAUUGUGUGGUGUUCCCCCAUUUUGGGCUGAAUCCGAGCAAGGAGUUGCACAGGCUAUUCUUCGAGGGCUUAUAGAUUUCAAACGGGAACCUUGGCCCAGUAUUUCUGAAAGUGCUAAAAGUCUUGUUAAGCAAAUGUUAGAACCAGACCCUAAGCUUCGAUUAACGGCCAAACAAGUGCUUGAGCAUCCCUGGCUCCAAAAUGCUAAGAAGGCUCCAAAUGUUCCUCUUGGAGAUGUUGUCAAGUCAAGGCUUAAGCAAUUCUCAAUGAUGAAUCGAUUCAAAAGAAAAGCCCUUAGGGUCAUUGCUGAUUUCUUAUCGAAUGAAGAAGUUGAAGACAUCAAAGAGAUGUUCAAGAAGAUGGAUACUGAUAAUGAUGGUAUUGUUUCCAUUGAAGAACUGAAAGUUGGAUUCCGAAACUCUGGGUCUCAACUUGCUGAGUCUGAAGUUCAGAUGUUUAUUGAAGCUGUAGAUAAUAAUGGCAAGGGAACGCUAGACUACGGAGAAUUUGUUGCCGUUUCCCUUCAUUUAAAAAGGAUGGCUAAUGACGAGCAUCUUCACAAGGCCUUCUCCUAUUUUGACAAGGAUGGGAAUGGAUAUAUUGAGCCAGAUGAGCUACGGAAUGCCUUGAUGGAAGAUGGAACGGAUGACUGUACAGAUGUAGCAAAUGAUAUUUUCCAAGAAGUAGAUACAGACAAGGAUGGACGAAUCAGCUAUGAUGAAUUUGUGGCUAUGAUGAAAACUGGAACAGAUUGGAGAAAAGCUUCUCGGCAUUAUUCACGUGGGAGAUUCAAUAGCUUGAGCUUAAAGUUAAUGAAAGAUGGUUCUUUAAACUUAGGAAAUGAGUAGUUGUCCAAGUAUUUGCUUAUAUUCAAUCUGUCUUUCCACAUAGUGUAAUUGUCCUCCUAUAUCCUGGACUUGGCUUCUUUGUGAUGAUUAUUUGGUUCCUUCUUAGAUGGGGUCCUUUUCACGUGGUGUUAUCCGAGUCACGAAGGAAGGGGAACGCCAAAAUAUUACACGACCUUUGUUACUUGUGUGAGACAUGGUGCCUUCGAGCCAAUGGUGUGACAUGUAUGAUUCCAAUCAUUUUAACAUCCUGCCUUCUCUUCUGGUUUGAAUCAAAACUCUUUAGUGCAGUCAAAAUGUUUAUCGAGGUGUGAAUAUCUUGUAGUUUGUAUUCUGAACAAUGAUUUGAUCAUUUUAUUCUACCCUACUCUACUAAUAUUUUGGCCAGAAAAUGGCUGUGUAUUCCAAGAUAUCUUCUAUCUGAUUGCUGCUUACUGUAGGAAAGUACUGAUGCUCACAACAUUUAGUAUUGUGUUGUAGCAUGAGCCUGUAACAUUUAAAAUUUACCACAUGAUGAUAAAGCCAGUCUUGUGAUCUUGUAA